AAGUUAGGAAGGCCAGAUUAUUGUAUUUACUACAGUGAUGCUGCACUCAGAAACUGUGUGGUGAUUCAAAUUUGAAUUCAUAGCCCGCCACUCUUAUCAGCUGUAGGCUGCUGCAAGUGAAAUGGAGGGCAGGUCUCACUCUGUCAAAUCAAUAAGUCAGAAGAGUGAUCCGGACAGUGUGGGAGUGACACUGUGAGGAACUCCGACUGAUCCAAGAGGAAGGACUGGAACCUGACCCGGGGGGCCAGGUAUAGACGCUCGGCCCCUCCCUCAGCGGGCACCACGCCCCUCCUCCGUGGGCGUCAGGCAGGCGACCUGAGCGGGGAGCGCUCACCUGGCUCACCUUACAGCCGCUCAGGAGCUCGAUGCCGCGGCACACACGCUCCGGGAAAUAAGCGCUCAUUGUCAGAGACCUCAGCGUCUCUUCCGCCUCCCGCCGCGCGGACAUGGAGCAGGUGUUCGGGGGUCUGGGCCGCUGUGCGUGCAGCUUCUGGCUCGCAGUAGCCUUUGACAUCGUGGGACUGGUCGUGCUUCUCAUCGGGGUGUUCGCGAAUGUGUUUUUCUAUGACCUGCUCAUCUACGCCGGCGCCAUCGUCAUCUUCCUCAGCCUCAUCUGGUGGGUGUUCUGGUACUCUGGGAACCUCGAGGUGCCCCCGGCGGAGCUGGAGGACGAUGUCGGGUUACUGAAGAAGGACAAGGGCGCCUUGAGCGGCAUCGGCGGCGCGGUGAGGCGCCUCUCCAGCCGCGUGUCCAGCGGCAUCAGGAACUCGCUCCGCAGGAACGGAGGGCCGUCCAGCAGCCGCGCAGGCCGGGCGCAGAGGUCAGGCGGCGGGCCGCCGGUGGCCCCGCAGGCGGAACAGGUGGCCGUUGCCAUGGAAACGAUGACCCCGCGGGAGGAUACCCCGCACACCACUGUGUCAUCAGUGGCGGGCUGUGACGUAGAGAUGCCGCACACGGCCACAGAGACUUCACCUACAUAGUGGAGGCCUACAGAGACUUGAUCCUGCACCACAGUGUCUUCAGCCUGCUCCAGUUCAUGCUCAACUUUUCUACUGUAUUUGUGUUUAAUGUGAAAUUAUUUAUAAUUGAUGACUAUACCUUGUUGAAGUGUCUUUAUAUUUUCCAAAUAAAGGUUGUUUUAAUCCGUCA